CUCCCUUCAUCCGCUCGCGCGCGGCAAGAUGGCGGCGCUGAGCAAAUCCAUCCCCCACAACUGCUACGAGAUCGGGCACACCUGGCACCCGCGCUGCUCCGUCGCCGUCCUGCAUGUGACGCAGGGUGCUCUGGCCGAAUCCCUCCGCAUCUACGGCACUCUGUACCUGAUUGCAGCUAUUCUCAGGAAACGAAAACUUGACUAUUAUUUGCACAAACUGCUACCUGAGAUCUUGCAAUCAACUUCCUUUCUGACAGCAAAUGGGACCUUGUAUAUUGCUUGCUUUUGCAUUCUAAGGAAACUACUUGGAAAAUUCUACUUUUGGUCUCCUGGCUUUGGUGCUGCUUUACCAGCUUCUUAUAUGGCUAUUCUCAUCGAAAGGAAAAGCAGGGCUUGUUAACAUCAGUGUGGCCAG